AUGUCAGGCAACUGUGCGCGCGCUCAAGCUGGUUGUCAGUACUCAUUAUGGCCACCGUAUCAAGAAUCUGUCAGAGUUGCUCAAAAUCCAAAGUUCGCUGUAUUCGCGAAGCGGAAAAUCCACACGUGUGUCAUCGGGCUGAUCUGUAUAGAUGCCUCCGUCUCGGCCGGGAGUGUAUCUAUCGUCAGAAAGGUCGUCGAUUUCAUGGUUUCCAAAAAGACCGGUGCGUCCAUUUUAUCAGAUAGCUGCACAUGUGCGUAUAAUUUAUUGUCUGGCAGAAAAAUAGAGGCUCUUGAAGCGGAAAUUAAAGAGUUCCGUGCCUCGUCGGGCGAUACUUUUCAAGUCCCACUAGAACGGGAUGCCAACUCACGAAGUGCCUCCGUUACCGACGAUGAGGAUGGGAAAGACGUCAUCGAUCGAAAAUGUCUUAGUGUAGGCACAGCGCAGACUUAUCUGCAGGCCUUUCGGACAGUGAUGACUCCCCAUUUCCCCUUCGUCAUCAUCCCGCCAGGUGUAUCAGUCCACCACCUGCGCCAGGAAAGACCGUUUCUGUUCCUGGCCAUCCUUGCCACUGCAUCUUACGAUAAUAUGCCGAUGCAGCGAUUUCUCGGAGCCGAAGUCAAGAAAGCAGUUUCUUCUCGCAUGAUACUGAAUGGAGAGAUUUCUUUUGACUUGCUGCAAGGGCUAUUGGUGUUCUUAGCAUGGUCACAUUAUCAUACCAAGCCACACCGCUACACGCAGUAUCUCCAACUAGCGAUAAGUAUCAUCAUCGAACUACGGCUGGACCGAGCACCACAUGUGAAAACAUGGAAAACAGGCCUCAAGUUUCGGGAUGAGCAUACGUAUGAUCGAGCCUCUUUGAAUAAUGAUGAAAAGAGAGCUGUUAUAGGUUGCUACUACUUGUCAUCAUCUAUUGCAAUUCUUCUUCAAAAACACUCUACUUUCUCCUACGUUCCCUAUAUCGAAGAAUAUUGCCAGUCUCUCCACGAUGCAAACGAAUAUCCACUCGAUCAUUACAUACUGCACAUUGUGCAGCUACAGCAGAUAGCCGAGAAAAUAGACCGGUUGUCUGCAAGUCAUACAGACGAACUGGUGAGACCUGGGUCGGGUGCAGAGCUCUACGUGACAAGCAUCAAAGAAGACCUGUCCACCUUCCAUAAAGGAUUACCGUUCGACCUUCAUGACUCUCCAUUGCUCGCAUUCCAUUUUCAAUCCACAGGCCUUUGUCUCUACCAACUAGGCCUCAACAUGACAGACCAGCAACCUCCUUCGACGUUGAUAGCCAUCAACUCUCAAACUUUACGCGAGGAGUUGUCACACGCGGCCGUCAAUGCGGUAGAAUCAAUUCUCAGUCUCUAUCUCUCUCUCCCACCAAAAUCCGAGCUAGGCUUCACCAAUGCACAAUGGAUACAAUUGGGGUUCGCCAUGCUCAUCGGAUACCGCUAUACCGCCGCAUCCCAAACUUCUGAAGGAACAGAGGCAUAUCUUCGAACACUGGCCCUCCUUCGGCAGCGGGUGGAGGCCUUGUCAACACCCAGCGUCGAUCAUAAUGGGGAUCGAGACUGUUUCGUCGAGUUCCGAGGGCGAAUCGUUCACAUACAAAAUCGACUUGAUGGGGCCAAGAAAGAUGACAAGACGAGUGAAAGUCUCAAGUUGAUUGACCCGGGACUUAUACUUCAAAAUGCCAGCUCCGCAGAAUGGAACGACUUGCCUCAGGAGCUGCUGGGGAUCAUGGAGGAUUACCAGUGGCCGGACAAUUUUCUCCUCGAUAACCCCGUGGAGGAAGUUUUAAAUACUUGGUAG